ACAAAUGUCAGUGGAUGUUGAGAAACAUUGUGCUUCAUUUCGGAUUUAAUCAUAAUUUUAGCGAAAAACUUAUUCCUUUUUUGUGAAAAUGGAGGAUGAUAAAAUUAGAGAAGCGCUGGUAACACAUUUCAAACACGAAAAGUUCAAAUCGAAGUUACAAAAACGAGCUAUACGUGAAAUUGCACAAAGAAAAAAUGAUGUACUCGUAACAAUGCCCACAGGGUCGGGAAAAUCAUUAUGUUAUCAAUUACCAGCCAUGUUAUACCCACAAAAGGUUACCAUUGUAUUUUCCCCUCUAUUGGCACUUAUAAAGGAUCAAAUCGAUCACAUGAAAGCGUUGAAAAUUCACGCUGUUUCAUUGAAUUCAAAAAUUUUGAAAUCUGAGCGAGAAGCAAUAAUAAACGAUCUCAAGCUAGUGUCGCCCAAGACUAAACUAUUGUACAUAACUCCCGAACAAGCAGCAACUAACACAUUCAAGGAUAUUUUGAGGAAUUUAUCAAAUUUUGAUAAAGUGGCAUACAUCGUUGUGGAUGAAGCUCAUUGUGUGAGUCAGUGGGGUCAUGAUUUCAGGCCAGAGUACCUUAAACUUGGGGCUUUGCGAGAGAUUUGCAAAGCACCUUAUAUUGCCUUGACUGCUACUGCAGGAGCUGAUGUCACCAGAGAUAUUUUAAACAGUUUACAUUUUGGGAAAGAGUACAAAGAAUUCAAAACCUCUUGCUAUAGGAACAAUCUGUUUUAUGAUGUUUAUUUCCUGAACGUUUUAGAGAACCCUUUUAAACAUGUGAAGAAAUUUAUUUGCGACUGUUUAAAUUUUGAAAAAGAGAAAGAAGUAUUACCUGAAAAUAAAUCUUGUGGACUUAUUUACUGUAGAACAAGAGAACAGACAGAGUUUAUUUCUGAGCAACUGAACAAAAUGAAAAUACAGUGCCUUGCUUAUCAUGCUGGUCUGAAAAACGUUGAGAGGUUAGAGGUUCAGAAUAAAUGGCAGAGGGGAGAAUGCCCUGUUAUAGCUGCAACCAUUAGUUUUGGAAUGGGUGUAGAUAAGGCUACAGUGAGAUUUGUUAUUCAUUGGGGAGUCCCAAGAGAUCCAUCGUCCUAUUACCAAGAAUCUGGGAGAGCUGGUAGAGAUGGUGAACCCUCGAAGUGUAGGGUAUAUUAUAGCAGAACUGACACCAAAGCCAUCGAGUUCCAUCUAAAUCAAGAUUUGGCAAAAGCUAAAAACACAGAUGCUGGUAGGAUAAAGGCGGAGAAUGCAAUAUCUGGUUUUAAGAGGGUGGUCGAGUUUUGUGAGAAUGCAGAUGACUGCCGUCAUAACUUAUUCAACCGACAUUUUGGCGAACCAGUGAAAAAGUGCCUCAAUAACUGCGACAUAUGUGUUGAUAAGAAAGGUGUAGCCGAGAGAGCUGAACAUUUUCAUAUCAAAAGCAUACAAUAUAACAGUGUUAUGUCAAAGGCUGAUGAUGGGGACUAUGGUGAUUUAUAUGGUGGUGGAAGGAAAGGAAUAAAUGAUGAUUAUAAUGAUUAUUUGAAAGACGACGAUGAUGAAGAUGGCAGUAGGGAACAAUUGGACAAGCAAGCUAAAAAAGAGACAGCUGAUUUCAUCAGGAAACAAUUUGAGUUGAGAAAAAAUCCAAAGGAAAUUUCUGCUGCCACAAUUGAGAAGCUAUUCUCCAAUCAAGCUAGAGUGAAAGCUGCAGCUUCAACUUCUAGCAAAGUUAAGGGACUGACUCUCGCAACACGAGAACAGUAUUUGACAAAAGUUACAGAAGGUAUAAAAAGUAAUUUCAACGCCUGCAUGGAAGAUGAUAUAUUGAGUCAGAAAGAUCUUGAAAAAUGUGCUGUGGAUGUUGAAUACUCAGUUUUUUCUCGAACCACAACUUUGAUGAUGUACAGGAGUAAUUUGGCAAAGUUGAUAGCAAAAAUCAAAAAAUGUACUGAUGAUCAUAUUUUAUAUGAUGACCUGGAGAAAUUGUUAUCGAAUCAAGUAGAAGGUGAGGACAGUCCGAACGUUGGUGAAUCAGAUACACCUUUGAAUGGGUUUUGUAAAGCUUCUGAUUUGCUAGAGAAGAGUCAGGUAUAUAGUGGUUUUCAGAAGGCUUCGUCACUGCUGGAAGAAACGAGUGAAGUGAAAGAUAACCAAAGUAAAAUAAGUGAAUUUUUUUGUGUGAAAAGUGACUCUUCUUCGAUAAAAAAGAGGAAAAUGACCAAUGAUAAAGGUGAUAUGAAAGAUCUCUUCGGGGAUGAAUCUGAGGAUGAAAGUAUGUGUAAAAGACAGAAAACUGAAAAUAAUAUGGAAGACUGUAGGUUGAAAGAUGACUGGGAAAAUGACUUUGCCGAUACAUUAAAGAACAAUAUGGAAAAUGACCGUUUGAGUAUCCCAAAAAGCUCAAAAAAAGAAGAUGAUGAAAACAACUGUGAUAAAAUCAAAAAAAGUCCUGAAAGUUCUAAGUUUGAGACAAAAUCGCCAAAACAGUCUUCUAAUGACGUGAGCUCUAAGCAAUCUUCAAAUGGGGUAUCGAAGAAUGAUAAACAUUUGAAAAAAUCAUCAAGUCCUCUAGAAUCAAAGGAGAAGUCUCAAAGAACAGACAAAGAUAUAAAUACCAGGACCCAAGUAAACACACAAGAUAAACAUAAAGUUAAAAGCAAAUUAAAUAAGAAUGAAGUAGGAAAAUAUGUUGUUAAAUUGCUUACACCAGCCUAUGCUGAGAGACGAUUUGAAUCUAGGGACUUGUUCAAAAAACUAGCAAGAAAUAUAUCUCACAAUCUAGUUGAUAAAGAUCACUUAGAAAUAAAGAAGUAUGUUGAAGAGUUUUUACGAAAAAAUCCUAAAAUUACUGAUGAAACAUCUAUUUAGUACUUGCUGCUUGUGUAUAAAUCAAGGUUGAUCAUUUUUCUUUAAUUUGUAUAUAAGUAAUAUAAAAACAAAGCUAUAGAUAGAAUGGAUUACAUAUUACCUAUUUUAUUUGCAUCAAAUAUUGUUUUAUUUAUAAUUUACUAGGACUCAAAAGAAAUUUAAGAAAUAGUAUAUGAAAACAUGUAUUUAUCAUAAAAGAAUAAAAGUGUGUGGAUAUAAAUUA